CACCCCAGCAUCUCCGCCUUCUCCAGAAAACAUACCUCCUGUCAAAUGAGUUCCCCCUCGCUCCUGCUGUGGAUGUCGACACCCCAGCAUCUCCGCCUUCUCCCGAAAACAUACCUCCUGUCAAAUGAGUUCCCCCUCGCUCCUGCUGUGGAUGUCGACACCCCAGCAUCUCCGCCUUCUCCCGAAAACAUACCUCCUGUCAAAUGAGUUCCCCCUCGCUCCUGCUGUGGAUGUCGACACCCCAGCAUCUCCGCCUUCUCCCGAAAACAUACCUCCUGUCAAAUGAGUUCCCCCUCGCUCCUGCUGUGGAUGUCGACACCCCAGCAUCUCCGCCUUCUCCCGAAAACAUACCUCCUGUCAAAUGAGUUCCCCCUCGCUCCUGCUGUGGAUGUCGACACCCCAGCAUCUCCGCCUUCUCCCGAAAACAUACCUCCUGUCAAAUGAGUUCCCCCUCGCUCCUGCUGUGGAUGUCGACACCCCAGCAUCUCCGCCUUCUCCCGAAAACAUACCUCCUGUCAAAUGAGUUCCCCCUCGCUCCUGCUGUGGAUGUCGACACCCCAGCAUCUCCGCCUUCUCCCGAAAACAUACCUCCUGUCAAAUGAGUUCCCCCUCGCUCCUGCUGUGGAUGUCGACACCCCAGCAUCUCCGCCUUCUCCCGAAAACAUACCUCCUGUCAAAUGAGUUCCCCCUCGCUCCUGCUGUGGAUGUCGACACCCCAGCAAUCGCGCUGCACCGUCCGCCACUCUCCUUAUAUCUUCGAUUCCCCUCGUUGAGGAGCUGAGCUGUCGAGCUCCAUCGUCCAUCGCUCCAUUGUAUCAUCGAUACCCAUGACAGACGUGGUUGUCGUGCUGAGCUGUCCAACUCUCUUCUGUAUCAUCGAUACCCCUCGCAGACCUCGUGGUCGUGCUUGGCUGGUUGUACUAAGAUGUGUGCUCUUUAUUCAUUUUCAUGGAAUUUCCAACACUCUGGCGACAAUUUCAGUCGGACAAUCUCGGUGGGUUAGCAUCAUCCAGCAAAGCUGGUGACGUAGAUGCUGGACAAGAAAAUUUGCGUGCAGUGACAAUCGAGCCCACCUGGCAAUUCGUCGCAUCAACCUUUGGCACCGACCGACCGACGCAGCGAUCGAUCCUUACCGACAAAUGCGAUAGAUAGGUCGCUGUGGGGCAUCCCCUGCUGUUGCGAUGAGUUUCAUGCGAUGCUGUUGCGCCUCAACGAAUUCCGCCCUCCUUCUCGCCGGAGACAAGCGUUGUGGAUCGCCGACAUCGUUAUGUCCACCACGGAAGCUGUGGUCGGAGUGUCGGAAUGAGAGGAAGAGCAAUGCGGGGGUGAGGUGGAUCAUGGGAUUCGAGAGCGGCAGGAGAGGAUCCGGAUCGAGUUCAGUGGGUGUGCGAUGCAAUUCUGACAAAUUAGGAGGGUUGGCUGGAAUCGAGAACGAGGGUGUUGAGAGGACGAGGAGGCAGGUCUUUGACGAUGGGUUUGUGCUGUUUCCGCAAAUGUGGAGCAAGGAGGAGGUCGCGGCUGCAGCUGAGGGUGAUUUGGUGGUGGGCAGAGCGCAAGAGGAGAUACUGAAAUCGUUUCUGGUGGGUCCUGUUGGUGUUCAUUCCCAGCGCCAGUGGCUCCAUGCACCAGGAUAUCGUUGUACGGACGCAGCCACUUCACCUGAGCCCUACUGGCACCAUUCCUGGCAGUCCAUGGAUUGUGCAUGGUGUUUUUCAGACAUCUGGUAUGGAGAGCGAAGAUUUGCAGCUUCCCCAGAUGCCCACAUGGAGUGCAGCGCUAAUUGUAUCUUUGUCAGGGCAGAUAGGAACGCGAAGAUGUUCUGUGGAGGAGUGGCUGUUUUCCCCAGAAGCCAUUGGAUUAUACAGGAUUGGAUUGCAAGUCCUUCAGGUCAAUCGCCAUUUCCGCAGCCUUUUGACGUACCCGCUGCGGCUCCUACGGAGUUGAGACUCGAGUGUGGUGACGCGGCGUUGCUCAACCCAUUGUUGGCAUAUACUAUUACACCCAAUGUCUCCUCAAUUCCAGCGCAGUUCCUCAUUUUCAAUCUAGGUGAUGUAAAAUCGAAUCAAGGCAAAUUAAGGAUCGACGAGGGUGAGCAGAUGUGGAGAGGGUGGCUCUCCAUGACACAAUUCCUGAUGGAUCAAACUCUCAGUGUCGAGGAGGAGAUGGUUCAGCUGCAGAUAGAAGAGGAAAAAGCACAACUUGGCGGCUGGCAAGGUACCACGACAGGCCUGACAACGGACUUAUCCAGUUUUUCAAGUACUCGAAUCGCACCUCGGGACCUUCUAGCUUGGCGCCUCCGGACUUCCGCUGUGCAAUUUAUGCGAGAUGGACAGUGGAGUAGCGCUCUUAGUGUACUGCUGCGGCUAUCAGGACUGCGCCCAACUUGUUACUGGAUAGCUCUUCAGGCAGGUCAAUGUUGUAUGAAGAGUGCCCCUGCAGGCCAAUUGGGCGGUCGAGCCGGUCGAAAGUGCACGUUGGAAGAUGGCGAGAGAAUUCUAGAACGAGCCAUCCAGAUUGCUCCUGGCUGGCCCCUCGCCUAUGUUGAACUCAUCAAGUGUCUAGCCCUCAUGGGUCGAGGAAGGGAGCAAGAGAUUCCAGUGGUGACGAAGAUAAUGAAAGAACGUUGUAAGUUGGAGCAGCUGUGCUUGCGAUAUCCAACCGUUUCAGAUCAACUACGAGAAAGUUGGAACGAGUGUGAAGAAGUAUGCAACACUGCUGGGGAAAGAGUUUGAUUAGAUGUUGGCUCCUCUGCUUCUUAUGUUGUAUUGUUGAAGUUCACGGUAGUAGUGAAAACACCCAUCAUGGCAAUCAUUUCAAUAAUUUUCGUAAGCUUCACUUGGGCCGCUGGGAUGGGAAAAGCCUCAUGUUUUAGGUUAUGCAAUAUGUUACCUGUUUUAGAACUGACUUGAGUGAUAUGUGGAAGUAAAUGAUCUGAUAACAUGUAAUUUCAAAUUAUUUAAUAUUACCGCAAUUGCAGUAUUCUUAACAUGCAAA